GCAAGCAGCGGGGCUGAGUAUGAGGCACAUGGCCAGUGAAUGAGAGAUCUUUGCGUCCUCUCAGCGCGAGCUCCUUGUUCCACUCUCUCCUCUCUCUGUGGUUGGAUUACUGCUGAGGAAGGACCUUGUCUGGAUACUCCUCCUUCUCCUCCUCUUCUUCUCCUUCUAUUCCCUUUCUCCUCUACUUCUCUCCUUUCUCUGUCUCGCUGAGGGACUCCAGCUCUCUGCCUUCCCCAAAGUCUCACCUCUCGUUCUCCUUUCAUUCCCCUCUCCCCUGGUUUCCCCCCUCAGGAUGUCGUGUGAGGAGGCUCAGCUCCACAAAGAGAGGCUGCAGGCCUUGGCGGAGAAGCGAAAACGGCAAACUGAGAUUGAAGACAAAAGAAGUCAGCUCGAUGACCUGGUGCUGCAGCUACAACAUCUCAAGUCCAAAGCCAUGCGCGAGCGAUGGCUCCUCCAGGGGAUGGGAGUGGAGGAAGAGGAGACUCGGCGGAAACAGCUGGAACAGGAUGAAGAACAAGGAAAGCGGCUGGAAGACAUGAUACAUAGGCUGGAGUCUGAAAUUGGUACACUUGAGAGUGAAGAGUCUCAGAUCUCGGCCAAAGAGCAGGUGCUACGGGAACGCCUGAAAGAAACGGAGCGCUCGAUAGAAGACCUGCAGAAGAGUCUGAUGAUCCAGGAUGGAGAUGCCAUCGGCUGUAUGUCCGCCCCUUUCUCGGACUGCACGGACCACGAUCCCAACCACCUCGUCCUGGCCACGCAGCCCCGGACCGGCCCACCUGCCUCUGGAGAGCACGCCAUACCAAGACCUGCAAUGUUUGCCAUGGAGAUCAACGUGCAGCAUGACCCACAAACUGGCGAGCAGCGUAUCCUGUCAGCCAACCGUGUGAGCCCGCUGGAUGCAGCAUCACGUGGCGUCAAAGUCUACGACGAUGGCAGGAAAGUUGUGUAUGAGGUCACUUCCUCUGGAGGUGUGUCCACCACCACCGUUGAGAAUGGUUGGAGCUCAGCGCAGGUUGACCAGCUGAUCCAGCGAGCUGCCAGACCUGCUGUACGAGGAGAAGAUGGCGGGAAAGGUCAGGUGUUGGUGACCCCAGCUGCCCCGCAGGCCUAUGUCUCCCCCGCAGAUAUAGAUGAUCUGUCCCCACCCUCCUGCGCCCCGCCAUCCAUCCCUUCAAGCCCGCCAGCCCAGGUCACCCUCCAGAGGGAGACUCGUCUGGGCAUGAUGCCCCCCUCCUCUGCUCCAAUCACGACCCAGCCCAGUUCCACAGUCCACCCGGGCGACGAGAUCUCCUCCCCACCCCAAGCCAGUGCAGAGCACCCAGUCACCAUGGUGUUCCUCGGCUACCAGGACGUUGAGGACACGAGCGAGAGCAGGCGGCUGCUAGGCUUUGACGGUGCCGUGAAGGCCGAGGUGGUUCUGAUCGACGAAGACGAUGAGAAAUCUCUGAGGGAGAAGACGGUCACUGACCUAUCCAUCAUCGACGGCACAGCGGCAGACCUCGUGUCAGGGCGGCCGGCCACAUCUGAGGCCGCCAGCACAGAACUGUCAUCUGACGGCCGUGACCCCGACAGCACCUCCUCACCCCCAGCGAAUCCUGACGCCACCACGCCCCCCCCACCUGGCCUCACCCCCCCCACAGGCUAUGACCAAACACCAGGGGUUGCCGUGACAACAGCAAAUGGGUAUCAAGCUCCAAUUCCAGCCAGACAUCCUCACACUGCCAUGAAAUCGUGGCGGGCAGCCGAUGAUGUCAGUGACACAAUACCGAAAGAGCGAGCCCUGAAGAGCGUCAGUUUCCAGGAAUCGGUCAGCGUUAUCACUGACAGGCCCAUAACCAUGGAACUGGAAAGCCAGCAGAUCCAACAUGGCUGCUUCAGCAGCCCCGGUAACGGACCCCACAAUGCAGUUGGUGUGAAAGUAGAGACUUCAGACAGCGAGGUGGUGCAGGAGAUCUGCUACCUGGACCAGGUGUUAGAUGCCGCCUCAGAAACACCCACAAAUGGAAAUUCCUCCCCAUCUGAACCAAUCAGCAUAGAUGGAAACUCUCCUUCUGUAUGCGUGUCAGCCUCCUCUCCUGUCAAUCACCAGUCAAUCAUUGUGGAGGGACAGAGACAAACAACCUUCCUCCACGAGGAGGAGUCCCCUGUGAGGACCAACGGGCAUGUGCAGGCGGAGGAGUCAGGCCGCAGCAGGGCCAAGUUUGAGCUGAGAGCAUUUCAGGAGGAGCGACGGCCCGCAAAACUCUUCACCCCCGGAGAGGAGCAGGAGGUCAGAGUGACGAGGAGACGACCCUCAGAUGAGGUACAGGAGUUGGAGCGUGAGCGUCAGGAGCUGAUCAAAGACCAGGCAGUGAAGAAAAACCCUGGCAUCGCCACGCGCUGGUGGAAUCCUCCUCAGGAGGUUCCUUUGGAGGAGCAGCUGGAUGCAGAUCAGCUUGAGUCCCUCAAGAAAUACCAGGAGAGGAAACAGCAGAAACAGAUUAAUACUUAUGCAUACAUACCGCCGCAGCUGUCAGGCCCUCCCUCAGUGGUAACUUUUGACCCCGAUCUAACCAGGAAGGAGGACAUCGUGGAGAAACAGAUCGACUUUUCGUCUGCCAGGAAGCAGUUUCUGCAAGGGGGGUCAACCAAGAAGGACGUUGCUCCUCACCUGUAUUCCGCCAAACCUUUCAAAUCAACAGUCAGAAGCAGUCAAGGGAGCGUUGACGUUGUUGCCGAAACUGGAGAGAGUCACGUGACCUGGUGUGACGAAGGAAUUGGAGGAGAAUUUACUUGUGCUCGAGCUGUGAUGACAAUCUUGCGUGAGGACGAGGAAAAGAGUCAUUUCCAGUCAGGCUUUCACCCAGAGGAGUCUGACUCAGGAUUGGACGAGUUAUCUGUCCGCUCUCAGGACACUACUGUGUUUAGCUUGGAUAAUGUUUCCGACAGCGGGGCUUCACUACCCCCGACCCCAUUGCCGCUUACACCUGUGUCACCACCUACUCCCCAGCCUACCACGCCAGUCAACGGGCAGACCAGUGGCAGUCCAACAGAUAACGAGCUACAGUACCAAGCGGGGGUACUUGUCCAAAGUGCCAUCCAAAAUGCCCUGGCAGCUCAGAAUGGAGAGGAGUGGCAGUCAUCGCUGCCUGACUUGAAUUCUUCACAGCUGAGCACCCCUGUCUCUCCAUCCUCAGCAUCUACAAAUAGCCCAGUGCCAGUUUCUUCCUCCCCUGUGUCUUCAGUUGGAGCCCCCAGUUUCCGGUCACCUGUGUCCUCCAGCCCUGCUCCAUCCAACCCGUCCCCCCAGCCAGACAGGCAGUCAGAGGUGAGAGUUGUUUUCCAAGAGACAGCCUCAGAAUCACAGCAGGCUCAGCAGCAGCAACAGUCCUCCAGUCCAGCACCACAUCUCCAGACGCCUUCUCCACCUCCCGCUCAACCCAUCUCACCACCACAGAGACCCAAAGACGGGGGCCCCAGGAUCAAAAUCCAGUCCUCUUACGCCAGAGCGCUUGCUUCCUCAGCUCCGGCUCCGGCUCCGGCUCCAGCUCCUGCUCCUGCUCCUGGACCGACUGCAGCAGCUCCUGUCGCCAGGCCAACCCCAGUCUACCGUCCCCCUUCCCCUCCAAGCCCGGAGAAACCCGAGUUCAGCUACUUCAGUAAAUAUUCAGAGGCGGCAGAACUGCGGAGCACAGCAGCAGCAGCACGAGGCCCUGAGGCGGAGUCUACAGCCAGCGGCCCGUUCCGCCUGCGCUCCAAGAAGCAGCGGACUUUGUCCAUGAUCGAGGAGGAGAUCCGAGCAGCUCAACAGAGGGAGGAAGAGCUGAAGAAACAGAGGGAGACGCAGCCUGUCGUCACUGCCCGGCCCGCCAGCUCUUCCAGCAGCAGUCAUGGACCCAAAAGGACGGGGAUGAGGCCAACCACUAUAUCCCCAGCAGAUAAGAUGAAGAGCAACAGCCUGCCAAGCAGACUCACACUGACAGCGAGGACAGCACCAGGAAAGAUCGAGAAGGUUCGCCCCGCACCACCUGUCUCACCAUCACCCUCAGAAGGAGCCCUGUCUGAUGCUGGCAGCGAGGACUCUGGAGGAUCUCGACCCAAAAACUUCAUGCAGACUCUCAUGGAAGACUAUGAAACACACAAGGUGAAGAGGAGGGAGAAGUUGGAUGACAACAGUGUUCUGGAGGCCACGCGUGUCACCAGGAGAAAAAGCGACAUGGCGCUGAAGUGGGAAGCCGGCAUCUACAACAAUGAGGAUGGAGAGGAUGGAGAGGAAGAAGAGGAAGAAGAGGAGGAGGAGGAGGAGGAGGAGGAGUAAACUGCUCCUUUUGGAGACAGUUGGGGACUGAGUGGAAAGGAGGAGGAAGAAGAGACUGAAGGAAAAAGCAAAUAGGAGGAGAGGAGAAGGAAAAAAAAGACAUGGAAAGAAACAGUAUUUAUUUUACUAAUAGUAUUCUGAUGAUCACAUGACCCACUGGCUCGACCAAUGGGAGCUCACCGAGGAGGUGAAGCUGUGAUGUAAUUGGACCUGAGAUUGAAGGCAGUAAGAGUAUGUUAAGCAUGUGAGAGACAUUUGAAGUGUUGAGGUGAGUUUGGAGAGGAAGGAUCAGUGACGCAAGAGACACUUUGGAAGGUUUUACGGUGGUUUAAGAGGAGUUUAAAUAUGAUUUUUUUAAUGAGCUGAUAGACGCUGAAUGAGUUAAAUAUUCAUAGGAUUUUCACUUUCAUUAUUGAAAUAGGGGCUGAGAUCUGAAGAUUUUAUUUGGAGAGGUUGCCUGAGACUUUUUGAGGAGGGUUUCGGUGACUGUGCUUGAUAAUGACGCCGAUCACCAAGCAAUCAUGAUGUAUUAGUGAGGCCUCAUCACACACUACUUUCAGAAUCGACUUGCAGGGAGACAGGGAUUUGAACCAAACGGAACCAUUUAUUAUGUGCAUCCUGCAGUGCCACAGCACAGACAUAACACACAACAUGUUAGUUGGAGCUCUUGCAUUACCUUCAGGCAUCUGCAGUACAUUAAAUCUCUCGUAAGUGCCGACUUGAAGGUCAGCAUCCUUCAACGCUCGUGAGGAAACUUGCAAAACUUACUUCUGAUUAGCAUCGACUUUGCCUUAGACCGUCUGUAAUAGUUGGAUGCACGAUAUGUAUGACGUAUUUUAUCUUCUAUCCCGUAUUGCUACAGAUUCCGUAGAGAAAAUAAGCAACCACAUUAGAUAGAAAGUCUGUCCGCAAACACUAUUCUGCAGUGACCUCUUGUCCAUAAAGCGCAGUAAGUUCAAACAGGAGUAGACCAGCAGGGAGGAGGGAAGCUAACUGCGGGUCAUGUUUGCGUCACUUCAGUGUGUGUGUGUGUGUGUGUGUCUGUGUGUAUGAAUUUAAAGGGCUGGGUCGGGGGUUUUAUAUUCUAACGAAAAAUCACUUAUUCUACUUUUUGCUGGCUACGUCGCUUUGUUGACUUGUGCUUUCUGAUGUAAGCAGUUGUUCCAUGUAUUAUACUGAGGUAGGACUGUGUAUUUGAUAUAUGAACAUGUACGUUGAGAUUCCAGUAUCUGCUAUACCUUGCUAGCUGAGGAUAAAGCGUGAUGAAAAAUGUUGAAAAAAUGCUUUUUAUAAGAAGUUGUUACAACAAAACUGAAUGUUAUUUAGAGAAAAUCAGUCAGCCUAAGCGUUAUUUAAGAAGUACUAAUUGUGUGCAGGGAAUUACACUCCUUUCCUAUUUGUUAACACAACAAGCAGUGAAAAAAAAGCUUUGACUAUCAGUAGAAAGGCUCACUAAGAGGCAGAGUUGACAGGGAGUUACAUUUUUAUUACAGAAUUUAAAGUGAGCUUUUGUUUUGAAGGACAACAAAAGUCCACAGGAUGACGUGAUUUUCUGUUUUGUCAACCGGCCUCUGUGAGCGUGACGAUACUGUGGAUUUGUCCGGGUGUAGAAAACAAGGUUCAUCUUCAAAAUAGCCAAAACGAAAUAUUAGAAAUGAGUUGGAAAACGUGUGGCUGCAGAUAGAGAUAUUUUUAAACCACUUUAACCGAACAGUAGUAAUAUGAUUCUGCUCUUCGGUCUUUGUUCUCUUAAUAAUUGAAGCCAUUUGAGAUUUUUUUUUUCAGCAUCAGAAUGUCAGGAGGACGGUGAGAAAGGUUUUCCUGUCCACUAAAGGUCACAAGUCCUGUCCAAGUGUCCUUCAACAAAGCUCCGACCUGUUUUCUCACAAGUCACACUGAAUAAUAAUAAAAUCCUCAGCUAAAUGUCUGAAAUAUAAAUGUACCCUGAGGUAACCUUGCACAAAACAUAAAGAAUGACACGCAGUCACCCUCAACACUAAGUAAUGAUUCUUUAUUGUAUUUAUUGGGACAAUCCUAUCCUGUAUUAGAGUGCAGGGCAAGUUUCUCUUGGCAAAUGAUCUGACUUGGCUGUCUUUCAGUUUUGCAGUGUGAGGGAACCGCAGUGUCAAUAAGUCCACCAGCCAGAAGUGAGAACCAGGGACUUGUGCCUAUAGGUGAUUUGUCAUUUCCCGUGAGAAGAAAAACCCACGUUGAUUCCAGAGAGUCAUUGUUUUUAUAUACAUUUAAUAAUAUAUGAGAUGAAAAAAAAAAUAUUUAAAGGACUAGUGUCCCAUUUAAAAAAAAAAAAAGACUAAGAUGUUUUUGCCAUGUGGCAGAGGCACAGAGGAUCACGAAGGAGGUACAGUGUCGCAGAUGCUGAAAUGACAAUUUCACAAGAGUUAAAGGACAAACAAAAGAACGAGUUGGACUUUCAAACACUGUGACGCAAAGACUAGCUGGAAAGUAGACUGAGAAGUUUGCUUUCAUUUUAAGAUGAGGGCUCAUUGUGCUGUGUUGACAGUGAGAAUAUGGUUACUUUUUUCAAGAACAGGAUUUGAGCUGUCAAACAGUAUUAAAAGCACCUGUUGUACCCAUAUGUUGAGUUCCCUGUGAGAAAUAUUAGAUUUGGGAGGAAAACGUGACAUGAAACCUUUUUUUUCCCCAGGAUGAAUAACAGAUACAGAUUCUUUGUAUUGAACGAUAGUUUUACAGUGGCCUAUUUUGGGUGCCAGCUGAGUGUCUGCUGUUUGAGUUUUAAGCAACAAAAGCAUAUGGCUUAGUCACUAGUUUACUGUAGCUGCAGCACUACAAUGUAAAACUGUUAUUGCACACAAACACACACGCACACACACACACGAACACCGUCCUUGUUCCUGCUUCAAAGGACACAAUCAAACCACACAAUCGGUCGGAGUUCUCAUUAAAAAACACUUUUAAAAUGGUAACAGACAUCAUGCACACGCUGAGGAUUUCUUAUUGUGUGAUUCAUUAUGAUUAUUAUUAUUAUUAUUAUUAUGCUUUUGUUGUUUGAAUUCAUGGUGCAGAGAUGAUUUUAUUUAUCAUUUUAAAUGCUGGUAGCUUGUUUUUACCCUCAGAAGUGCCCGAGCUUCAGUGCGGGACUCACACUGACUGUGUGUGUGAUAAUGCAAUCUUAUUAUACAGUAUAUAACCUCUGUUCCUAUGUUAACCACUUGUAUGCUCAUAUUCUGCUUUGUUAUUUUAUAGCACAUGUAAGGCUCACAAUUACACACCUACUAUACAUAUUAUGAAUAUUUUCUCAUUAAAAACAAAACUUGUA